CCGCCGCUCGCCGCUCAUUCUCUGCCGCUCGCCGCUCGCUCAACUCCGAUUAACCUUCAGUGUUUGUUGCUGUUUUCAAUGGAUUUGAUAUCAACUUCAUCUGAGAGUGGACAACUGAGUGUUGAAGCUUCAUCACUGAUUCAUGCUGAGAGUGGACAACUGAGUGUUGAAACUUCUUCAAUGAUUCAUGCUGAUAGUACUGAAUGUUACUCCCCUAGCAAUGAAGAAUCAUGGAAGUCUUUAGUCUUUCAAUCUAUCAAAGAGGUUGAAGAUUUUUAUGGUAAUUAUGCAUAUAACACUGGAUUUUCUAUUAGGACUAUGUUGAAGUCGAAGAUUAAUUCACAAAAUAAGAAAUCAGAAAAGGUACAUUAUUUGCGUUAUGUUUGUAACAAACAAGGUUACAAGAAGGGAAGUUUGCUUAAUCCUAACAACAGGCCAACAUCAGACAAUCCACUGGUUAUUGAGUUUGUGAAAGUGAAAGAAAAACCUGAGGAAAGGGUCGGUUGUACAGCUGCAAUAUAUUUGAAGCUGGAUGAAGUUUUGAAUGUGUAUAAGAUUUAUAGAUGGGAUAUGGCUCACUGUCAUCCAUUACAUAAACCAGAGCAUUUGUGUUAUCUAAGAUCAUUUAGAGAAGUAAAUGAAGUUCAAGGACAACUAGCUCUAAUAAAUUCUAAAGCUGGAAUGUCGAUGAGAACGUCUUAUGAAGUUCUUGGUCAAGGAGUUGGAGGUACGGAGAAUCUUCCUUUUCGGUUUUCAGACUUAAAGAACUAUCUAAUGACAAUUCGUUAAAAGGAGAUGGUGGUUGGUGAAGCAACUGUAAUUCAAGAAUUCUUUAGAAAUGAAGCUCUCUCGAAACCAUCUUUUUACUAUGAUAUCCAAGUUGAUGCUGCAGAAGACAUAGCUAGCAUUUUUUGGGCAGAUGGAAUUAUGCAACUAGAUUAUUCUCUAUUUGGUGAUGUCAUCAGUUUUGAUACAACUUACCGAACAAACAAUCAAUAUCGCCCA